AUGCCAAGGAAGGAAUGGACAACCCCCAAGCAGAAGAAGUUUUUGCAGGACGAGUUAGUGCAGUACUUGAGUAUGAGCACCAAGGAAUACUCACAAUACUGGCCAACUGUCUUCAAACAAUGGUCGCAACUCUGGCCUGAGAGGGCUGUUGCAUUCCUGGACCUCCCACUGGACAUAUCAUUGACUCUUGAGCAGGACAAGAUCCUUGGAGAUGCUGUCACCAAGCACCAACAGUGGUUGCACUGGCACAUGGGAGCUGGGAAAAAUCGGGCUGCAAACAGGAAGACAUUGACCAUUAUCAACAGCUUGAUGAAAGCUAAAACUUGCAUAAAAAAGCUGCUGGAAAUUUAUUCAAAAAUGUACUAUACCUCACAGGUCAAGCCCAACAUCUCAACUGAUAGUAACAUUUCCAGUCUUCACAAUCAGAUCAACAAAAAGUUUAGGGUGGAACCUCAAGAGAUCCGAGAUGAAGUUAUGUGCAUCCAUAAUGAGCAACAUACCAGUAGGAAGAUGCCCCCUGGUGAGAGUGACAAUGAAAUCAGUGCUGAUGUUGAUGCUGAAACAUGUAGAAGUAAUAUACAGCAGUGCAUGCCAGCACUCACACAGAUUCUCACCCAUUUGUCACAAAAGACCAGUUGGUCCUUUUCAGUUCUGAUAGGUGGGCCAGAUCCAGCAGAUGCUGAGGAGCAGUGUGUGGUUGCAAGCCUUCACAUCAGGAAGAAUAGAUGUGGACUUAAUUUUGCAGAGUCUUACUGUCACUUUGACUCCACUGUGGUGCAAGCAUAUGUGGAAUUCCUUGACUCCAAGCUUUCCUCCUCCAUCAGCAAGAAAACAGGCCAUGACAAGGGCAGUGACACAAACAAUGGUGCUGAUGUCAUGAAGGGUGACAAUGACAACAAGCCUGACAACCACAGGAACAUGGAUGAUGAAGAUGAAGAUGAUGCUAACAUUGGUGAGGGUCAGGAAGGUAAUGACACAGGCAUUGGCAAGGACAACGAAGGGGAUGAUGUGGGCAUUGGUGAUGACCAGGAAGGUGAUGAUUCAGGCAUCAAUGAUGACCAGGAGGUUGACAAUGCUGGGCAUUCAGACAAGUUGAGCAAUGCUUCCACUCUCAUAUUUAUAUUCUCAACACUUUGGUAUUUAAGUGUUGCAACUUCUCAUGAUGGUAUGUCUGUUGCAACAACUCCACCCCAACUCAUCACAGGUUCUGCUCUUGCAACAUCAUGUUAUCCUAUCGUCUCACCACUGCACAUUCAGACCAUGCAUCCAAGUAUUGCAAGCCCAGCCAAAACUCCAGCAUAUGUUGCAACACCUUCAUGUGUUGCAAUGCCCAGUUCCAUCAUGGGACUUCUGAGUGUUGCAAUGCCUGAGCACACUCUUGUCCCUUCAGCAAGUAUCCAGCCUUCUGGUAUUUCCAAUCAUCUUUUAUCUUCACAGGAUUUCGGCUCUUUCAGUGUGGAACUGGAUAGCAUUCUCCAGGCCAACAUGAUGUCAAUGUUUACACCACAGUGGAACUUCAAUGGCCUACUCCUCAUUAGCUCUAACCCUGCAACUGUCCAUGCUAUGAACCAUUUAAUGUCUCUUACUGGUAGUACUACCAAUCCAUAUCUGGACUAUUUCACAACGGCAGGGCAAUAUGAGCACUUGACACAAGACCUGCCUUUGUUACCUCCCACCCCAUCUGAUGACAGCUCUCCACCACCAGCCUCCAAGGCACUUUGGGACACUCCACUAGGCCAUCCUAAAUGCAAACCAGUCCCAUCCUUGUGUGCCCAGGUGAAGAAGAAGUGGUCUGAACUCAAGGAUGGUGUGGCAAGGAAGUCAAAGAAAAGGAAGACAGUUCCUUAA